AUGAGUGGUCUGGGCUGGAUUUUGAUGAUUUUUUCGUUGGGCUUGCCCGGCUGGUUUUUCGUCGAAAAACUCCGGCGCAAGCGGCGCCCGGUCAAUGGUGGGAUAAACCGGUCAGUGACGCUGCCCCAUUCAAGCGAGAUUGAGCUUUACAGCAACAGUUUUUCCCACUGCUCCAGAAAAGCAAGACUGGCAUUGGCCGAGUUGAAUAUUGACGUCACGCACCACUCGAUAGACCUUAUCGAAACGGGUUGGUACCAGACCAUCAGCCCGGCUUAUCUGCAGGUAAACCCUUCCGGCCUUGUCCCGACACUGGUGCACAACGGGCACCCGGUGUAUGAAUCUGAUGACAUUUUGGCCUACGCUCAGACCCUCGCGGGGCCUCAAGCACCGCAGUUGGUACCCGCAGAUAAAGACCUGCGCGAUCGAAUGUUUGCGUGGCUCGAGUUCUGCUCGAUCUCAAGUGCUGAUGCGAUGGCGGGCAUGCAGGACAGAGCUGGAGCCUGCGUGCCCGGCCUGACUUUGCCAAUCUUUAUCACCGCUAUCCGAUAUAUUCCACUACGUAACAUAUUGGUUGGUUUCCUGUUUCAUUUCGACAAGAAGCGACCUGCGAUGUUCACAGCAGCAAAACUGUUCGGGCUUCGUCGGAUGAUGUCCCGGAAACAGGCCCAGAGCAUUGUGCGUUCCAGCCGUGACCAUAUGCGCGGUCAUAUGGGUACUUUGAAUAUGGCGCUUAUCAAAAGCGGUGGAGACUGGAUAUUGGGUGAGGACUACACGCUGGCAGAUAUCUCUAUCGGAUGCGUUCUUUUGAGAUUAGAGGAGACGGGUUGGCUGGCCUGGUUUGCCAAGACAUCCGACAUCGAAGCAGUUCUGCAUUACUAUGAACGGAUCAAGGCGCGACCCGCUUGGCGUUCAGCAAUUAGUGCGCAUCAGCACCCCAUCAUCAGCAAAGCUCAAGGUGAUUUGCUGGGCGUGACGAGUACUGAUGCCUCCCUGGGCGAACUUGUUUAUGGGUCGAAUAUCCAGCGACCGAUUAACGCCCAUAUCCUCGGCUAUUCCAUCCGCAAGCAAUUCCUUCAUUCGGUGAAUGGCGUCCUGUCCUUGCGGCGUGAUCACAGGAAAGCGAUAGGAGUCGUUCGGAAAGACGAAAAUCUCGGGAGAGUUUUCCGAACAGAUCCUUAUCCACUCUCUCCAGCGCUCGAACGCUGUGCCUUCCUGCGCAAGGAAGUAGCGCUCAAAGGUGUCUGCAGUCAUGGUGUGAAUGGCUGCCAUGAUUUCCGCUUUGGUCGGAAAAUGACGCACCAGUGUUUGCAGAUGCACAUCUGCUUCCUUGGAUAUUUCGGCCAGGGUGGCGCGUUCGUAGCCGUACUGAACGAAGACUUUGUAUGCAUGCAAGAGAAUUUUAUUUCUCGUUUUGAUUUUACGCGACUGGGGUUGGUUGUGGCGUACGAAUUUUGCAGCGUGGAAUGGGUGCGAGCCGCUCGCGAUUUUAUCCUGAGUGCCGCUGACGGUGCUGAUCUGGCCGACACCAACAUCACUUUCAAUGAGGUUUUUGCGGAUGCACCCGGGCAUCUCGAUCCAGACGAGCAGGGCCGCAUUGGAUGGUUUCUGCGAAUAAGCGACGGCAACAUCGAGGUGGAUCGCGGCGUUCUUGAUAACCCUGACCUACUGAUCAAAGGGGACUACGCAACGAUUGUGCCGCUGGCAAGAAUGGUCUUUGCGGACAAUCCAGAACUAGCCGCCGAAGCGCAAACCCUGGUCGAAGACGCGAUGCAGAAAGGUCUGAUGUCCCGGGAAGGUGAUGAGUCUGCUAUGGCAGAUUUGCCUUGGUUGGCUGGCUUGCAUGUCAGCGGCCGCCGCCUGAGCGCCCGCACCAUGUCUUUCUACGGUAUUGGCGAAGCCGCAGGCUCCUUCAAGAAUAUGGCCUGGGGUGUUCUGUUGUUGUUCUACUAUCAACAGAUUGUCGGCGUCGAAGCGGCGCUUGUCGGCCUGGCCAUUGGCAUUACUGCAUUGAUGGAUGCAAUAACAGAUCCAUUGGUGGGUGCAUGGUCCGAUCGUAUCCGCAGCCGCUGGGGUCGUCGCCACCCUAUGCUGCUGUUCUCAGCACUGCCUCUGGGCGUAAGCUUUGUGCUGUUGUUUAACCCGCCGGAAAACAUUUCUGAUUUUGAGGGUUUUCUCUGGUUGGCCUUCUUCGGUGUGAUGGUUCGAGUCAGCUACACCUUCUACAACAUUCCGCAUUUGUCGCUUGGGGCGGAGAUGUCCGCUGACUAUCAACAGCGUUCAACACUAUUCGCCUAUUCUGCGUUUAUAGCCGCCAUGUCGGUCUCCGUAUCUUAUGGCCUGAUCACGGGUUACUACUUUCCCACAACGCAGCAAUACGACCCCGGCUUUCUAAAUCCCGAAAGUUAUCUGGACAUGAGUCUUACCUACGCUGCAGUCAUGUGCGCCAGCAUCGUUUUGUGUGCGUACGGCACGCGCCGUGAAAUUCCAUUCCUUCGAACCAGCCAGGUGCGAGAAAAGCUCUCGCCAGCUGCCUUGUUCAAAGAUGUUCGCGAGGUCUUUGGCAGUCGAUCAUUCCGCGCCUUGUUUCUGGGCGCGGUAACCGCCGCGGUUGUUGCCGGUGUGGAAGGUGCAUUCAUGCCCUUCAUGGGUGUGCACUUCUGGGGGCUUAAGACAGAGGACCUGUUUUAUCUCACGUUUGUUGGACUCUUUGCCUUUCCUCUGACCUUCUUGCUGAUACCUGCUAUGACACGUUGGUUUGAUAAGAAAUGGGCGAUUGUUGUGGCGACGGCCACCUAUAUUCUGGCUCUUAACCUGCCGAUAUGUCUGCGCCUGGCCGAGGUGUCCUGGUACCCAGCCAACGGGUCACCCUGGAUACUGCCGAUCUUUUUGUUCUACAGCACCAUCGCAGCGUUGGCCGCGCCGAUUAUUGGCGCCACGGUUAAUUCAAUGAUGGCGGAUGUUGCCGACGAACACGAACUCGAUACCGGUAUCCGGCGUGAAGGUGUGCUCUAUUCAGCGCGCGCAUUCUCUGCCAAGGCGGUAGGUGCGCUUGGGAUAACCGUUGGCGGCUUCGUGUUGUCAGCCAUCGAUUUCCCCGAGCGGGCAGUUAGAGGCGAAGUGCCCGCAGAGGUCAUCUGGAAUCUCGGUUUCUUUGCCGGUGGCGAGGUAGACCCGCAAUACGCAGAGCGUGCAGGACCUGUCGCAAUGCAAUCGGGGUUGACCCCGAUUGCCGGGGGUGAGGUGGGUAGCGAGAAGAUAGAAAUACUUGAAGGUGAGCUACCCCCGGGGACAACGUUUUUGGCGAUAGAGCAGUUCCCAUCGAUGUCUGCAUUGAAGACCUUUUACUUCUCGGACGAGUACCAGGGCGCCAUCCCGUUUAGAACGGACGCCAUAAAGAUGAACUUUUUGGCUGCCGUUGACGGCAUCUCGCCAGCUGAACUGGCGGCGCGUGCGGAAGCGGCUGCCGCUGCGAGAUCCGAUGACGGCUACACCAUGCUCAAAGGUGUGCUUUCGGAGGAUCAGGUCAACCGUGCCAAAGCUGCCAUCCUCAAGCGUGUGGAGGCAGAGACUGGCCAUGCGAUCGAUCUCGAGACCGCGACUGCAGAUGAUUUCAAGAAUCUGACCUAUGUGUACUACAUGCUCUACGAGGAUGAAGUCUUUGAAGAAAUCCUCAUGGCGGAAAAGCCGCUCGCGCUGAUGACUUAUCUUCUGGGUGAAAGUUGUCUGCUGUCCAGUGUUGGUUCGCACUUCAAAGGCAUAGGUGAGCAGGGGGUUGUGCCAUUGCACAGCGACAACGGCAACGGCAUUCCUCAACCUUUCCCGCCCUAUUCGCUGUGCGCAAACAUGAAUUAUGCGUUAACGCCUUACAGCCGCGAAGCGGGGUCGUUGGCGGUAGAGAUUAUGAUGUUUAAGCAAGAGCGAACUGAGUUCGCGCCGCUGUUUCGAUGGAUAGCAGUCCUGAGCGCGCUGAGUAGUGUGUUAGUUACGUCAAACGUUUCUGCAGAAGAUUCCGGGCGGGUUGUCGAAGAGAUUAUCGUUUCAGCCACCUAUCGCGAUACGGCGUUGCUGGACACACCUAUUGCGAUUACCGCGUUAGAUGAAGAGCUGCUCAUCGCCAAAGGCGUGACAAACCUGCAGAACCUCUAUCAAUCUGUACCGGGCUUGUCCUAUCGCUCAAAUAGCAAUUCUUACAACGGGCUGACUGUUCGCGGGCUCACGUCGCCUGGCGGUGGCGGGUCGAUUGUUGGUGUUUAUAUCGACGAUAUUCCAGUAACCGAUGCCAAUUCUGGCGGUGUAAGUCAAAUUUUAGGCACCUUGUACGAUGUACAGCGCGUUGAAGUAUUGAAGGGUCCCCAGGGCACCUUGUACGGAGAAGGAAAUAUGGGGGGGGCUUUUCGUUUUAUCACAAACAAAGCUGAUCCUAAUGAGUUUGACUCGAGUUUUCGAACACAAGUCAGCGACCAUUCCGAGAGCGAAGACUUGACCUGGCAGGUCAACGGUAUGAUAAAUGUGCCUAUUGUGGCUGAUACUCUGGCUCUCAGGGUGUCCGGGCAAUAUCGUGAUCGCGCGGGUUUUCUUGAUACGGGUCCGUCUCGAAAUGAAGACGAUACUAACUUUAUAGAAGAGUCUGCACUGCGCGCAAAACUUGCCUGGUAUCUCUCAGAUACAUUCUCGAUUGAUGCAACCAUCAACUACUUUGAUUCGGAACACGGUGGCCCCGGUCUUGCAAAUAUCCCCUACGGAACAACGGAUUUAACCAAUGCCAACUGGGAAAAUCUGUAUACGAAUGGCGGCAGUGAUGAGCAGUGGCAGUAUAACCUGUCUGUAAACUGGGAGUUGCCCUGGGCUGACUUUUUGUCGUCAACAUCCUACUACGAGCGUGAUGUUGAUCACGCAGAGCAAACGUCAUUCCGCUUUCAGAAUCAGGUAGAGCUGGCUAUUACCCCAUUGCUGCGUCUACCCGAAUUUGGACCAGGUAUACCUAACCCUUUUUACAACCCAGCGUUUCCCACAGAGGGUGUGGCCAUUGAGGCGGCUGGUGGUACAGGCACCUUUCGGCGCCGCGUCCACCGCGUUGUACAAGAGUUCCGAUUGGUUUCUACCACUGACGGACCGUUUCAGUGGACGGCGGGGCUGUAUUACAAAGACGAUAGCACCAACAAUGGAAAUGAAAGCAUACCGGCGUUUGGUGUGACUAUGAAUCCGGGGUUCGAGGACUUUAAAGGUCUGUACGAGUCGUUUUUUCCUGGCGUUGAAGUGGAGUUCGAUAACAAAGAGACGGCGCUUUAUGGUGAGGUGAGUUACGAUUUGUCUGACCAGUGGAAUGUGCUCGUUGGCGCGCGAUUUUCUAAAGUUGAGCGUGAGCAGACGAAUCUGAAUGUGCCCGGCGUAGACGAUAACCUGUUUUCACCGAAGGUCACCGUUUCGUUCAGGCCCGUCGAAGAUCACCUGAUUUAUCUGACAUACGCCCAAGGUUUCCGUCCUGGCGUCAUCAACGCCGCAGUACAGCCGGCGAUCAAUUCGUUACUGCCGCUUGCAGCCGUACCCGGUGUACAGGAGGACAUCGACUUUUUGAACUCAGUGCUGGUAGUUGAGGGCGAUGAGGUUUUCAACCUGGAACUGGGUUACAAAGCCUCGUUGUUUGACGGACGGCUCAAAGGCAGUGCGGCCAUCUACUAUCUCGAUUGGAAGGACACUCUGCAGCUGCAGAAGCGCCCUACACUACUCGCGCCAGCUGGUGUCAACUACAACGAAAAUGCGGGUAAAGCCCAUUCUCAGGGUAUUGAGCUCGAGUUUGACGUGCUGCUGACAGAAAACCUGAGCUUUCAUUUUGGUGGUGAUUACAACCAUGAGGCAGAGGUAGAAACGUUAUCUGCUGGGGUAUGGGCGGAUGCAGACGGUAACCCGGUUGAUGUCUUGCCCGGCAACAGGCUCGGUUUAGCACCUGAAACCACUUUUAAUAUGGCGCUGGACUAUGGCUUCAAUGUAGGCGCAAACCGCGGCUUUGCGCGAAUGGACUGGUAUCGGGUGUCAGAGAGCUUCAACAAUGCAGCCAAUGAAGAUGUAACCACUGGAUACCACACAGUUAACGCAAGAGUGGGGCUGCGUGCUGCCGACGGGCGGUGGUCAGUAAGCCUGUUCGGUGACAAUCUGCAUAACGAUGAGGUGAAGUUCGAAACGAACGCGGUAGGAUUGAGUGAUGAAAUACGGGCCCUGGGACUUGAGCAAUACGUCCUCGAGCUCGAGACGGAUGGGCUUACCAUUGUCCCGCCAGAGGUAACGGGUGUGACAUCGGAGUUUCUCGACCAUUGUACGGACGUCCUGCUGGCGCGAUUCACUGCGAUGACCGGUUGCCCGAUCAGUCUGGAGAACGGACCUGAAGGCGAGCUGGACUGGCCAUCGGUCGACCCUGUAAGCCCCGAUAUUCGGCUGCGAGAUCCGAAUGCCCCCGAACCUUCGCAGAUGUUGAUCCAGCAGCUGCUGCAGGUGGACCGGUGUUUCCGCGACCUGGCGGUGAAUCCGGUUGCCGAUGCGCUGAUCGACCACAUCAUGGGUCGCGGACCGACCGGUGCUCGAGCGCGCCGUCUGUCGAGUACUAACUCGUUUGUGAAGUGGCAGGGCGACUACGGAUACGGGCCUGCACUUGGGCUGCAUGCAGACCAGGGUGCCUGCCCGCUGCCUUGGGGUGAUACGGCCUUGACGGCCAAUGUCACCUGGACACUGACCGAUUACACAAAAGCCGACGGUGCGCUUGCCUGGGUGCCCGGGUCCCACAAGAAAGGUUGCCAUCCUGUCCAGCCAAUGGCGACAAAAGCUGCGAUUCCAGCUGAGUGCCCCCGGGGUUCUGCAAUUAUCUUUCACGGCGCCACCUGGCAUGGCGCUUUUCCUAAAGAGACACAAGGGCUUCGGCUUUGUGCCGUGGGUUACUACCGACAUCACUCAGUACUCCCCCAGGAGAACAUGACAGUGACGAUGGAAAAUCAGCCCUGGAGCGAUUGUGAUGAUGCGGAUCGGAUGCGUGAGCUCAUCGGAGCAACCAUGAGCGAAGCGGUACAACUACCAGAAUUUAACACAGCGCUGUCCUUCAGUGACGACAACCUGCCCGAUAUGGGCGCACGAACGGAACUGUAUCGGGAACUCAAGCAGCUGGAUUUGCUCGAGAACCUGGCUGAGCUGGAUUUCUACGGCUUUACGGUGAUCCCGCCUGAAAAGGUCGGGCCGGCAGCGUUUCACGCAAAGAUGAAGAAAGCGUUGAUCGAAGUCAUUGAAGCGCGUUUUGGUAAGCUCAAGAAGGAUGGCACAAGCUGGCAGGGUGCAAAUCAGAUCCUGCGCCUGAUCCUCUGGGAAAAUCAGGUCUUUGAAGAGCUGCUCAUGAAUCCAGCUGGCCUGGGUCUAAUCCAGUCGGUGCUCGGCCACAACUGCAUUCUUUCGCUGUUUGACGGCUGGGUGAAGGGGCCUGGUGACGAGCGCACACCCAUUCACCCGGACCAUUGGGACUUCAACCGACCCACAUUUCCGCCCGAGCCAAUGAGCUGCAACUUUAAUUACCUGGUAACCGAUUACACCAUUGAAGACGGCCCGCUGUCGUUUGUGCCCGGCAGUCACAAGUGGCAUCGCAGACCCUCCCCUCAGGAGGUUGAGCAUUGGGCGGAUCGAGCCCACGCGGUUGUGGCGCCGGCCGGCUCGAUGGUGAUCUGGGGUGACCUGACCUGGCACGGGUCGCUGCCGCGCAAGAACGCCGGCGAGCGGAUGAUGAUUCUAGGCACCUAUAGCCGCAGCUACCUGCAGACCCAGGAGCCUUUCCGGCAGACCGUCACCCAGGAAGCGCUGGCUCGAAAUCCAAUACGCUUUGCCGGUCUGAUGGAUGUAUACGCGCCAUUUCCGUUUGGCAAAAACGACAUCGAUGCAGAGCGCGCCAUGACCAACGUCAACAAUGGUGCAGCGGAUAUGGCGCCCUAUCGUAGCCUGUUUGAUCGUGAGCCUGCGGGUGACAAGGUAACGCUGCGCCCGGACUAUGCGUAUGAGUCCUUCGACCGCGAAGGGAGACUGCAGAUGAGUGAGGCUAUGGACUUUGAUGCCCAGGACAAUGUCCUCAAACGCCCGGAGCACCGGGGAACCAAAUUCUACGAGCCCUUGGUGAAGCUGGGCCUGCAGCCGUAUGUCGCCGAACUGGAGGCGGUUGGUUAUACGGUGAUACCACCGGAAAAAGUUGCCCCGCCGGAGUUUCUGGAGCGGAUUCGCAGCGCGGUGCUACGUAUCGCUUCACAGCGCCAUGGUGUUGAGUUUCGUCCAGACGAGAAUCCAGACCUCGAGGUUAACGCCGGCGUGCCGAACUCGGUGUAUGACUUUUACCUGAUGUUUGAAGACGAGGUGUUCGAGGAAUGGCUGGAGAACGAAACCCUUGGCGCCCUCGUCGACUACGCCAUGGUGGGCCAGGGGCAGCUUUCCAGUAUGAGUUCAAUCCUGAAAUGGAAAGGCGGUACCUACGGGCCCGGGUUGGGCCUGCACAGUGAUGCUUCAGGCUCUCCCGAAGGUCGCUUGUCAGCGGGCUACAACACCAUCUGCAAUGGUGCCUAUUGCCUGUCUGAUUACUCCGAAGCGGGCGGGGCGAUCGCCAUGGUCCCGGGCAGCCAUCGUCUUGGUCGGCAACCCAUCAAGGGUGAAGGUGUAGAAGGUGCGGUUCCGGUCGAAGCACCAGCGGGUUCGCUGAUCUUCUGGCAGGCGAACAUGUGGCAUGGCGCCUAUCCACGUACGAUCGAUGGGCUGCGCAUGACGAUCACUAACUUUUUCUGUCAUCGCGCUUUCAAGACUCAGGAAAGAUAUCAGACGGCAGUGCCCGACGAGAUGCUGGCGCGCCACAGCGAGCGGUUUGCCCGCUUUCUCGGUGCCGAUGACUUCUAUGGUUGGGGUAAAGAAGGUCUGACCCUGGCGGGUAUUGUUUCCCGGCGACUUAAAGAUGAGGUGCGGUUGUCCGUGUUUGAACGGGCACCUGUCGAUCGAGAUCAAGGGUACGGCCUGGAUCUCGAUAAGAACGGCCAGGAGGCAUUGGCCCGUGCGGGGGUAUAUCACCGCUAUUGGGAGAUAUCACGUCCGCACUCGGACAGCAUGGCACUUUUCCCGCUCAAAGGCUCUGAGACACUCGGCGUGCUUUUCCGGCGAGCUCGAAUGCGGCGUUGGUUGCCCUCCUUGUUUGCAGCACGCCCCGAGACCAACCGAGGUGCGCUAAGAGAUGUUCUGCUUGAGGGGGUCUCAAAAAACAAGAAUGCCGACGUACAUUUUGAUACGCCGGUGCAUGACCUGAUUAAAACCUCCGGUGGGAUCAAACUGGUCAGCCGGGAUGACAAACCACUCGGCGAAUAUGAUUUGGUUGUCGACGCCAUGGGUUUGCAUUCCCCGCUCAGACACUAUCGCGUGAUAGAUGUCGAAGGUGGUAAACAACGCACUGGAGCCAUUCUGAUUCACGGCGUCAUCAAUGAUCCGGACGCGAGUGGUAGCCCCGAACUUAAAUCCCGGUUGCAGAAGUUUGGCAGUAUCACAGCAGUGGGUCGUGGCUACAUUGUUGCCAUGCAGCGAUUUGGCGCGGGCAGCGAAGACAACCGCACAAGCUUCUUCUACUUACUACAUCAUCUUUCGAGUGAAUCUGAACUCUUUGCCGACAUUGGCAUAGAACCGCCAGAUUCCCGCGACACGGGCAUCAUGCGCGACGAGCGUCUGGACCAGGUUAAAAGAUGGGUCAAGGCGGACAUGGGUGAUCACUUCGACCCAGUGUGGCAUAGCGCUGUGGAUAGCCUGGACCGUGUCACUAUCCGCGACGAGAUCACCCAUGGCAAAACCUCACUGCGUGAAAAAACCACAAUGCCCAUCGUCUGCAUCGGUGAUGCUCUACAACACUGCGGGUUAGGGGGCGGUGGUAAUUUGGCGAUGCGGGAUUCACUCGAGCUCUCCAAACUGCUGGAAAAAUCCGCUGCGUUCGAUGACAACAGGAAGCCUUCUCUCAAAAUGCUGCACCAAGCCGAAGUCAAAAUGUUGCGCCGCAAACAUGAGUUUGCACGGGAUAAACAUCGCCUUUUCGGGGUCUACCAGCAGAGAGUUGCAGCGCUCAGCCGUGGUGUAGGUUCGCUUGAAGACUGGAUGCAACCAGGUUGGGCGCUGGCGUUGGCAAAGCCUGCGUUGGCUGCGUUUGGAUCGUACACCCGUCGAGCGUAUCGGAAGGUAAAAGUGAAUCAUGAUGAGAAUUUAUCAACCUCUGACGAUCUUACCCAGUAUAAGGAUGCACUCGACAGAGAAGGGUUGGUGGUGCUGCCACCUGAAGUGACAGGGGUUUCCAUGGCGUCCAUCGAGCGGUGCGGCGAGGCGUUACUGAAGCGUUUCCAGGAAGAAACGGGCUGUGAGAUCAACAUAGAAGAAGGGCCACUUGGCAAUGUUGAGUGGCCACAAAACAUCCGGUCUGGUUUUCUCAGUAAUCCCGAUCAGGUCGGAUUUGCGAAGCUGCUGGCCUGUGAUCGUGGUUUCCGGGAUCUGACCGUAAACCCGGUGGUUGAUGCGUUGAUUGAUCAUCUGAUGGGUCGGAUGCCGCUGAGUCGAAAGCACCCCGCCGGGCAGAAAACGCGCCGCUUCAGUAGCGCCCAGGGUCUUCUAAAAUGGCAGGGUGAAUCAGGCUAUGGGGCGUCGCUGGGGUUGCACAGCGACCAGGGCGCAUUGGGUAUCUUUGCACCGCCCAGACCGUAUUGUACGGCAGCGGCCACGACUGCCUUCGCCGCUAAUGCCACCUGGUGUCUUACCGACUACACCAAAGAGGGCGGCGCACUCGCUUAUGUGCUCGGCUCCCACAGAAUCGACCACGAACCAGGACCCGAGGCUGCACGCGACGCGGUCGCGGUUGAAGCGCCGCGCGGUUCGGCCGUUGUCUUUCAUGGAGCCACCUGGCAUGGCGCAUUCCCACGUCUGCUGCCUGGCGUUCGCCUGACCUACGUCGCCUACUAUCGGCACGCCUCGGUUCACAGCCAGGAGAAUUUCAAGAUUACCAUGCAGGAUGGUGCAUGGAGCGACUGUGAUGAUCCAGACGUUAUGCGCGAGUUGCUCGGUUUGGACGACAUGUUUCCGUACACGGUAGCCGAACGUGGAGACAAUGGCCUCGAGGUGUCCCAAUGCGGCAUGGGGGUAAUGAGUAUCACCGCGUACUACGGGGAUCCAAUUCCCGAUGAGGAUGCCAUUGAACUGCUGCAGAAGUCGGUCGAGUUCGGUUGCACGUUUUUCGAUACCGCCGAGGCAUACGUUGCCGAGCAUCCGGUCACGAAGGAACUUCUGUGGAACGAAGAGAUCCUUGGUAAAGCCGUGGCAACCAUCGGCCGCGACAAGGUCGAGAUCGGCACCAAAUUCGGUGGACAGUCAGCGGUGACCGGUCCGGCCAGCGGCGAGCAUUUGAAGCGAGCCUGCCAUGCUUCGCUCAAGCGUCUGCAAACUGAUUACAUCGACAUGUACUACCUGCACCGGGUUGAUCCGAAUGUGCCGAUCGAGGAGACCGUAGCGACCAUGGCCGAGCUCGUGAAGGAAGGCGCGGUGCGGCAUAUCGGACUGAGUGAAGCUGCCCCGGAUAUUAUUCGGCGUGCCCACGCGAUCCACCCAAUCGCCUGCGUGCAGCAGGAGUGGUCACUCUAUACCCGAGACCUGGAGGAGGACAUCGUCCCGGUUUGCCGGGAGCUGGGGAUUGGCAUCGUCCCUUACUCACCGCUGGGGCGCGGCUUUUUGAGUGAUGAUAUGGUGGCGCCAACAGAUGAUGCCCGGCAAUACUUUCCCAGGCUGACCGGAGAUGCUUUUGCAGCCAACAAAGCAUUGCGCGCCAAAGUGGAAGCGUUGGCAGAAGCUAAAGGCUGCCACACGGCACAACUUGCUCUGGCCUGGCUCUGGGCGCAGGGGCAGAAGCUUGGCGUGAACGUGGUGCCAAUUCCCGGUACGACCAAGAUCAGGAAUCUUCAGAGCAACUGUCAAGCAGUGGAAGUAAGCAUAUCGGAUGCUGAGCUCGUUGAAUUGUCCGGUGUCUUCGACAGCGUCGUCGGCGAGCGGGGUUUCGAGCAGUACAUGGACAGCACCUACCGGGCGUCGUUGAGCCUGUCAGCCCACCUGACGUUUAACACUAAACUGAGCUACUGGUUCGGGCAGCUUGCGGAGGGAUUGUUCAACAGUAUCUUCGGAAUUCUGCUGCUGUUCUAUUUCAAUCAGGUUCUGGGGGUGUCUGCCAGCUUGUGUGGCCUCGCGCUCAUGAUCGGCACCCUGGUGGAUGCCUUUACCGAUCCGAUGAUGGGCACGAUCUCAGACAACUGCACAUCGAAGCUCGGUAGGCGGCAUCCGUUCAUGUACGCGUCGGCUUUGCCGGCCGCCCUCUGCUUAUGGCUGUUGUUCGUCCCACCUGUGCAGGGCGAGUGGCAGCUGUUUGCCUGGCUGACGGGUUUUGUGGUGCUGGCGAAGCUGGGUAUGACCCUUUACCACGUUCCCCAUCUGGCGCUGGGCGCGGAACUGACGCAGGACCACGAUGAACGCACGCGUAUCGUUGCGUUUCGCAUGCUGUUUGGCGUCGCCGGCUGGAUUCUCGUUACCAUCGGAUUUGCCACUUUCUUUGCAGCCACACCGGAAUACGCUAAUGGGCAGCUCAAUCCGGCAAACUAUCCUACGUUUAUUGCGCUCGCGGCAGCGGGUGUUUUCAUUUCCAUUGUCGUCACGUCGCUGGGUACUCAAGGCAUCGUCCCGCACCUUCCCAGGGCGCAGUCGAAUACAGCGAAGAAACGUACCCAGGUGUUUCUUGAUCUACGCACAGCAUUUCGUAACGACUCUUUUCGGUGGCUGAUCAUCUCCUUCGUCUCCGCCACUAUUCCGGCUGGCAUCGGCGGUGCCUUCGCGCUCUACGUCAAUACCUUUUACUGGGAGCUGACACCCAGCCAGCUGCCGGUAGUCAUGAUGGCGCAGUUUCUAGCGACGCUGGUCGGGUAUGCCAUUGCACCUGUGUUGGGCAGGGGGCGGGAAAAGCGCACCGUGCUGGUAUGGGGGGUUGGUCUGUGGGCUGCAGCAACCGUGGUGCCUUUCCUGCUGCGCUUCGCUGGCAUGUUUCCGGCCCCGGGGUCGGAUGCAGCGCUUGUUCUGCUGGUGGCGUUCCAAUUGCUUGCCGGUGCCGGUAUCGCGCAGCUUGUCGUCGCUGUCAGCAGCAUGAUGGCAGAUGUGGCUGAUGAGCAUGCGCUGGUCGAUGGGCGGCGUAACGAAGGCGUGUUUUUUGGUGCGUUUGCUGUCUGCACCAAGGCCACCGCGGGUGUCGGUAUUGCGAUAGGCGGGGUGCUGCUCGAUGUCAUCGCCUGGCCUACGGGCGAUACCAUUCGUACAGCAGCAGACGUGCCGCCGGAAACGCUCACCUACCUUGCCAUUCUGGCCGGUCCCGUGGUGGCCAGCGCCGCCGUGCCUUUCUUCUACUGUAUCCGGUAUUACAGGAUUGAUCGCAAGCGUCAUGCCUCCAUCCGCCAGGCGUUGGCUCAGACGGCACAGAUCACGCUCUGGGGAAGAGCGUCUUCCUGUAACGUGCAGAAAGUGUUGUGGACGCUGGAAGAGCUGUCGCUGCCCUACAAACAUGUCCCGAGCGGCGGCGAUUCUGGUGGGCUCGACGACCCUGCCUAUCUUGCGAUGAACCCCAAUGGCCGGGUCCCCACCUUGCAGGACGGUGACCUGGUGCUGUGGGAAAGUGAUGCCAUUGUCCGUUACCUCGCGAUGCGCUACGGAUUCGGAAACCUGUGGCCAGAAGACGUUUGCAAACGUGCUCACGCGGAUCAGUGGAUGACGUGGGGUACCGUGGAGUUAAUUCCCGACUGGAUUGCGCUGUUCUGGCGUCUCGUGCGCACGCCGGUAGAAAACCGUGAUGCGGCUGUUAUCGCCCGGCACCUCGAUGCCACGUGCAGACGCAUGCGUCUGCUCGAUCGGCAUCUAGACCAUCGCCCCUACCUCGCUGGCGAUAGUUUUACGGUGGCAGACAUUCCUGCGGGCAUGACGCUCUACCGUUGGUACGCGAUGGACAUUGAGCGGCCGCAGACGCCUCGGCUGGAUGAGUGGUAUGCGCAACUCUGUGAUCGAGAGUUUCUGAUGACCCAGGUUGUGGAGCUAAGUCUUCAACGGCUGCCCGCAUGGUUGAUGUGGCUCUGGGUGCUGCUACCCAUGACGCAGGCUAUCGCAGACGCGCCCCAUCGCAAUGUGUACUUUGGUGACUUACAUGUGCAUACGAUGUACUCAGCGGAUGCCUAUAGUUAUGGCGCGCGUACCGGUCCGGAUGAAGCCUACGAGUUCGCCAAAGGAGCGGCUCUGCGUCACCCGUCCGGCCAGAUUAUCCGCAUGCGCGGCGCGCCCUUGGACUUCCUGGCGGUCACCGAUCACGCCGAGUACAUGGGCAACGUCACCGCCCUCGAAAACCCCGACCACCCUCAAGCCGAUUCGGAGCUGACUGCGGCGAGUGAUGACUCGAUCCUGUGGAAUGUAUUUGCGAGUUUCGGCAGGGCGAUCCAGAGCGGCGAAAUCGAUCCCAGACUCGAGGAUGAAAAAAUACGUCGUGACACCUGGCAACGAAUCGUCGAGGCCGCUGAACGGCAUUACGAUCCCGGUCGCUUUACGACAUUUGUCGGCUAUGAAUAUAGCCCCUCGCCAACGGGCAUGCUGCAUCGUAAUGUCAUCUUCAAGGGCGCUCGUGUGCCGGAGUUGCCAUUCGGCGCAACCGAUUCGGUAAAUCCAGAAGACCUGUGGGCGUGGCUUGACCGGUUGCGGGCAGAAGGCAUCGAGGCGCUGGCGAUUCCUCACAACACCAACCUGAGCCGUGGAACGUAUUUUCAGACCAUCAAUUUUGCUGGCAAACCCAUUGAUGAGGAAUAUGCCCAAGCCCGCAUGCGCAACGAGCCGAUCGUCGAAAUCACUCAGGUGAAGGGUACUUCCGAGACCCAUCCGCUGCUCUCGCCGAACGACGAGUGGGCUGGCUUUGAAGCGUUGACGCCAGUGGGUGAAGUCACGCGAAAGUCCGUUCAGGGGGGCUAUGCGCGCGAUGCUCUGUUGACUGGGCUGCAGUUACAGCAAAUGGAAGGAUUCAAUCCCUAUCAGUUUGGAUUCAUUGGCUCAAGUGACACGCACAAUACGGGUGCCGCCUAUGAGGAAGCAAACUAUCACGGCAAAAUAGGCAACCUUGACGGACGCGCUGAGUGGCGCCUGGUCGAGCCUGCCGAGGACGCUGCCCCGAUUGAACACCUUCGUGAGCGCGCGUUCAAUUGGAGCGCGUCGGGCCUUGCCGCGGUCUGGGCCGAAGCCAACACUCGUGAGGCCAUUUACGCCGCAUUCCGACGCAAGGAAACCUUUGCCACCAGCGGUACGCGAAUCCGAGUCAAGUUCUUCGCCGGUUACGAUUUUGACACGGUGGACCAUGCCCAGCUCUACGCGACUGGCGUUGCGAUGGGUAGCGAGCUGCAAGCGCAUGUUCGCGGAUCGCCGCGUUUUUUCGCCUGGGCAAUGCGCGAUCCUUCGAGUGCGUGGCUGCAACGCCUGCAGAUUGUCAAAGGCUGGCUCGACGCUGGCGGCGAGCAACAUGAGCGGGUUUACGACGUUGCCUGCGGUGACGGUUCUGCGCCCAGCCCGGACACCCAUCGUUGUGCGGACAACGGCGCUGGCGUCGAUCUCGCUACGUGUCGGUUCGAUCACGACAAGGGCGCGGUUGAAAUGAAGGUGGCCUGGAUGGACCCGGAAUUUGAACCCACACAACGCGCUUUCUAUUACCUCCGUGUACUGGAGAACCCGACGUGUAGAUGGUCGAGCUGGGAUGCGUUGCGGAUUCACAUGCGACUGAAUGAAAUUACCGUUGAUGACACCGCAGAGAGCUGGACGGCUAUGGGCUUUACUGUUCUGGAUGGCUAUGUGCCGAUUGGACGCAGCCUUCGGUUCAAGCUCACAGGCGGCACGGGACGUGGCGUUCUCGACUACACCUUUGGCGAUGCCGGACGAAAGGCGUCCCAAUCCCUUGAUAUCAACGGGCUCAAGACAUCGAUAACAGGUCUGCCGGAUUACCUUUCCGCGCCUGUUGUGAAGCACCCCAAUGGCGUCGUUGGCUCGAUGAAAACGGUGAUUCUGGCGAACAGUGCUGAUGCCACCACAGCGCAACUGCUGGCGUUGAUGCCCGAACUGGGCCAACCGGCAUUAUCGAACACGUCCGAGACUGGCAUACGCUACGACUACUGGACAAAACUGGAUGAAACCCACUUCGAAGUCAUCAGCAUGAAAGAUGAAGUAGUGAGAGAUUCGGUGGCGGUGAUUUUUCUUUUUGUUGAUGACCUGGAUGCCGCCAUUGCCACCUUUGGUGAGACAAAUGUCAGUGCGAAAUCGGUGUAUGACGGGCGCGAUACGGUGCAGGUUCUGCCUGCAUCCGGCAUCAGCGCGAGCCUGCGGCUGAUCACGCAGACGAAGAACGAUUCGGAGGGCAAGGAAAGGUCCUAUUCUCCGUAUGCCGGCGAAACCUAUCCGUCAAACGUCUACUGGGGUGACAUGCACGUGCACACCAGUUACUCCUCCCACGAUGCCUACAUUGGCGGCUGGAAUCGAGUUGACCCGAGCGUGGCCUAUCGCUUUGCACGCGGCGAAGAAGUGGAGGCGUUCAACGGUAUGCGGGUGCGUCUGCAGCGACCGUUGGAUUUUCUGGUGGUGGCAGACCAUGCUGAGGGAUUAGGGGUCGCCAGUGCGCUGCAGCGGGAUGACUCUGAGUUUCCCGACAGCCCGCUGGGUAAGCAGUUUCGCGACGCCUGGACCGAGUAUGUAUCGAAGUCGACUGCAGAAGGGCCAACUCUCUAUUCGCCGACGGUCGCUCCGCUGAUGGGAUUGUUCUGGAACGAACCCAUCGAUCCGCCCUAUCGCCGCACGCUCUGGCAGCAGGUAAUCGCCAACGCGGAUGCCUACAACGAUCCGGGUAAGUUCACCGCGUUUAUCGGCUAUGAAUGGACGUCAUCGAUUGCUGUGGAAAGUCCCGAAACGGGCCUUGCUAAUCUGCAUCGUGUGGUGGUGUUCAAGGAUGGUGCGGAAGAGACUGCUCAAACCUACCCAUUCUCUCAGGCAGAUAGCGUCAAGCCGGAAGAUCUCUGGCGGCACCUGGCGGAUUACCAGGCGCGCACGGGUGGCGAAGCCCUGGCGAUUCCGCAUAACUCCAACCUGAGUCAAGGCCUGAUGUUUCCCGAGCAGAACGGCACGGGGAAGCCGCUGGACGCUGACUGGGCAACACUGCGCAGUCAGUUCGAAACGAUCAUGGAGAUUACCCAGAUCAAGGGUGACAGCGAAACACAUCCGGUGCUGUCGCCGACGGACGAAUUUGCAGACUUCGAGACCUGGAACGACUGGGCUGGUCCACCGGCGACGGACUUUGUGCCGGAUGAUCCAGAAGAUUUUGUUGCCCGUAAGCGAGGCUCUUAUGCCCGCGCUGCCCUGCAAACGGGCCUGAAGCUCGAAGCUGAACUUGGUAUCAACCCGUUCAAGCUUGGCUUCAUCGGCAGCACGGACAGCCACACUUCACUGUCGACACCCGACGAAGACAACUUCUGGGGCAAGUGGUCCAUCGGUGUGCCGAGCGCGGAACGGGUGUCGACGUCCGCCUAUGGAUGGUCCAUGUCCGCGGCAGGACUUGCUGCAGUCUGGUCAACUCAGAAUACGCGGGAAGCGCUGUUUGCCGCUAUGAAACGUAGAGAAGUGUAUGCCACCACGGGACCGCGAAUUGCCGUCCGCUUCUUUGGCGGCUGGGAUUUUUCAAAAGCCGAUGCGGCCGCCCCGGACUUUGCCCGCAUUGGUUACGCCCAGGGGGUGCCUAUGGGCGGCGAUCUUAUCCGUAACGCUGAAGCUAAGGCACCACGUUUUCUCGUUCACGCGAUGAAAGAUCCCAACGGCGCCAAUCUGGAUCGUGUGCAGGUGAUCAAAGGCUGGCUGAACAGCGACGGUGAGCUGCAGGAAAAAAUCUACAACGUUGUCUGGUCUGGCGAUCGGCAGUUGAAAGCGGAUGGUUCGCUCGAUCCGGUUGGCUCCACGGUGGAUGUACCAGCGGCCACCUACUGGAACACAAUUGGUGACGCGGAGCUUGCCACGGUAUGGCAGGACCCUGAUUUCAACCCGGCGGAACGCGCGUUUUACUAUGCCAGAGUAUUGCAAAUCCCCACACCACGAUGGCCGGCGUAUGAAGCCAGAUUCUUUGCGGUGAAAGACCUCCCGGAGGAUGUGCCGCUGAUCACGCGGGACUGGCCGCUGUGCCUGCCACAAGCGAAGUUGUACCGCGAACUGGCGCAACUGGAUUUACUGGAGAACCUUGCUGAACUCGACAUGUUUGGCUUUACGGUUGUGCCACCAGAGAAGGUCGGGCCACCGGAGUUUCAUGCCCGGGUCAGGCAAGCCGUUGUCAACGUGGUCGAGCAGCGCUUUGGCAAGCUUGGCAGUGACGGGUUGAGUUGGAAAGAUCGCAACCAGAUCAUCCGCAUGAUCCUCUGGGAUGACGAGGUGUUUGAGGAAUUGGUCCUGAAUCCUGCCGGUCUGGGGCUGGUGCAAUCGCUGGUCGGGACCGACUGUAUCCUGUCGUUGCUAGACGGUUGGGUAAAGGGGCCAGGCGAAGAACGCACAGCCCUGCACCAGGACAACUGGGAUUACUCGCGACCCGCCAAACCCCCGGAACCGAAUAGCGCAAAUUUCAAUUAUCUUGUGACCGACUACACGGUCGAAGAUGGCGCACUGACGUUUGUACCCGGCAGCCACAAGUUACGGCGUGCGCCGACACCAGCGGAAAUCGAGCACUGGGCGGACAACGCCCAACCCAUUGAAGCCCCCGCGGGUUCAAUGGUGGUUUGGGGUGACCUGACCUGGCACGGCUCAAUGCCCCGGGCCAAGAUCGGCGAACGGCUGAUGGUGCUGGGCACCUACCAGCGGUCAGUCCUGCAAACCCAGGGCCCUUACCGGGAGGUGGUGCCCGAGGAAGCGCUAGCACGAAAUCCGCUCCGGUUUGCCGGCCUCAUGGAUGUCUACGGCGCGUUCCCGUUUGGCAAGCAGGACUUCGACGGUGAGCAUUUACGCAAGCGUGCCGAGAUUAGUGCUUAUCACAGUUUGUUUGAUCGAGAGCCUGCCGGGAGCAAGGUUUCGCGGCGUCCCAACUAUGAUUACACGGCCUUUGAUCGCGAGAAACACCAGCAGGGCUUCGAGAAGAUGAAGGCGAUGCGAGCCGAAAUGUUGGCGCCCGGCGGUCCUAUCGAUCAGAUUAUCGCGCAGAUGACGGGUGAGGCGGUCGGCGCAAGCAGCCGCAUCGCUGGCGCUGCCGUUGAUACCGCGGCGACCGAGAUCACGUCGCAGUAUCCCGGUGCGGACGGCAUCGACCCGGCAAUGAUCACGGCGCUGGAAAAACAGUUCGGUUUCGACCGGCCGUUGCACGAGCGCUACCUGCAGAUGCUCUGGGAUUAUUUACGAUUCGAUCUGGGCGAGAGCUUCUAUCAGGACCGCCGGGUCGUCGACCUCGUGAUUGAGCGGUUUCCGGUGUCGAUCUCGCUGGGCCUGUGGUCGAUGCUCUUGACCUAUUUGAUUGCCAUUCCACUCGGUGUCGCCAAGGCAGUACGCGAUGGCAGCCGUUUCGACGUCUGGACCAGUGCCGCGAUUUUUGUCGGUUAUGCAAUGCCAGGAUUUCUGUUCGCGAUCCUGUUGAUCGUCUUGUUCGCGGGAGGCACCUAUUUAGAUCUGUUUCCGCUUAAAGGCAUCGUUUCUGAGAACUUUGCCGAGCUGUCGAUGGCUGGCAAGAUUGCCGACUAUUUCUGGCACAUGACGUUGCCGGUCGCUGCAUUGACGGUCGGUGGUUUCGCGACACUCACGAUGCUCACCAAGAACUCGUUCCUCGAGGAGUUGAGUAAGCAAUUUGUGCUGACCGCUCGCGCCAAGGGUUUGGACGAGCGUCGCGUCCUCUACGGCCACGUGUUCCGUAACGCCAUGCUCAUCAUUGUGGCGGGAUUCCCGGCAGCAUUAAUCGGCGUCCUGUUCACCGGGGCGCUCCUCAUCGAGGUGAUCUUCUCCCUGGAUGGGUUGGGCUUGCUCGGCUUCGAGGCGGCGUUAACGCGCGACUAUCCCAUCAUGUUCGGCACGCUGUAUGUGUUCACCCUGGUUGGACUGCUGUUGCACCUUGUGGGCGACGUCGCUUAUACCCUCGUUGAUCCGCGCAUCGACUUCGAGAUCUUUCUCGUGCUGUUGGUGCUUGCGCUCUCCGCGGAAUUCAUCGCGAACGACAAACCGGUGUUGCUGAGCUUCCAUGACAAGUUGUAUAUGCCGGUUUUGUACAACUAUCCCGAAACCACCUUCGGCGGCGCGCUGCUUUCGGAAACCGACUACCGUGACCCCGAAGUCCGGGCCUUGAUCGAGAACGGUGGCGGCUGGAUGGUCUGGCCGCCGAUACCGUUCAGCUACGACACCAUCGAUUGGCAAAUCGGCGAGCCCGUGCCGUCGCCACCUUCAUCCCGUCACCUGCUCGGCACAGACGACGUCGCGCGCGAUGUGCUGGCGCGCAUCAUCUACGGCUUUCGGUUAUCGGUGCUGUUCGGCCUGUUGCUGACACUGCUGAGCUCCGUGAUCGGCAUCGGCGUUGGUGCAGUUCAAGGCUUCUUCGGUGGUUGGGUCGAUCUCCUCGGGCAGCGCCUGGUCGAAAUCUGGGCGGGAUUACCAAUGCUGUUCCUGCUCAUCAUCAUGGCGAGCCUCGUGCAGCCGAGCGUGUUCACGUUGCUCGGUCUGUUACUGUUGUUUAGCUGGAUGGCGUUGGUCGGGGUGGUCAGGGCGGAAUUCCUGCGCACCCGCAACUUCGAUUAUGUGCAAGCCUCGCGCGCGCUGGGUGUCUCGAAUUUCGACAUCAUGCGCCAGGACGUGCUGCCCAACGCGAUGGUCGCGGCAUUGACCUUUCUGCCGUUCAUUCUGACGGGCUCCAUCAUCACGUUGACCUCGCUGGACUUCCUCGGUUUUGGCCUGCCCGCUGGUUCACCCUCGCUGGGCGAGUUGCUUGCGCAGGGCAAGGCGAACCUGCAUGCCCCGUGGCUCGGCUUGUCUGGCUUCUUUGCGUUGCUGGUGAUGUUGACGUUGUUGAUUUUCGUCGGCGAGGCCGUGCGCGAUGCGUUCGUCGACAACCUGGCGGUGGCGUUCCACGAAAAAACGGUCGUGCGUGAUGUGAGUUUCCACAUUGAACGGGGCGAGACGCUGGCCCUGGUCGGUGAAUCCGGUUCAGGCAAGUCGGUCACCGCCUUGUCGAUUCCACAAUUGUUGCCCUAUCCGCAGGCGCGUCAUGCAACAGGUUCCAUUCGCCUUGAUGGCAUCGAGAUGAUCGGUGCGUCCAAGGCGACGUUGCUGAAAAUGCGCGGUAACCGAGUGAGCAUGAUUUUUCAGGAACCGAUGACCUCGCUCAAUCCGCUGCACACGAUCGAGCGUCAAGUCGGUGAAAUUCUGUUCGUGCACCAGCGGCUGGGCCGGCAAGCGGUGCACAAACGCACGCUGGAGUUGUUGGAUCUCGUGGGUUUGCAACACGCGAGCGAACGGCUCAAUGCAUAUCCCCACGAGCUGUCCGGCGGCCAACGCCAGCGUGUCAUGAUUGCCAUGGCGCUGGCGAACGAGCCGGAUUUGUUGAUCGCUGAUGAACCGACUACCGCACUCGAUGUCACCAUUCAGGCGCAGAUAUUGAACUUGCUCAAAGAUCUGCAGAAACGGCUCGGCAUGGCCUUGCUGUUGAUCACCCACGACCUCGGCAUCGUGCGCAAGAUUGCCGAUAGGGUGUGCGUGAUGCACGAUGGUGUCAUCGUCGAAACGGCCCCGACCGAAAGCCUGUUCACUGCACCGACGCAUGACUAUACCCGGGCGCUCCUGACCGCGCAGCCCAAAGGCGCACCGGUUGUCGCCAUGCCGGAUGCGCCGCCGCUGCUGACCGCUACCGGAGUGUCCGUGCACUUCCCGAUCGGCAAAGGCUUUUUUUCGCGGAAACGGGUUUUGAAAGCCGUCGAUGAUGUCUCCAUCAAGAUCAAAGCCGGACACACAAUCGGCAUCGUCGGCGAAUCGGGCUCGGGUAAAACCACGCUCGGUAAAGCCUUGUUGCGGCUGGUUGCGAGCCAAGGGAGUGUCGUUUUCGACGGCGAUCAACUCGAUGGUCUGAGUGGUAACGCGUUGCGACCGUAUCGCCACCGGAUGCAGAUCGUCUUUCAGGACCCAUACGGCUCGUUGUCACCGCGCCGUUCGGUCCGCCAGAUUGUCGAGCAAGGCCUGCGCGUGCAUGAGCGGAUGCUCGACGACGCUGAACUGGCCACGUUGGUUGACCAGGCAUUGAUCGACGUCGGGCUCGAUCCGGCAGAUAAGGAACGUUAUCCCCACGAGUUUUCCGGCGGUCAACGGCAACGUAUCGCCAUCGCCCGAGCCAUCGUGCUGCGUCCCAGCCUGAUCAUUCUUGAUGAGCCGACCUCGGCGCUGGACAAGCCGGUGCAGGCGCAAGUGGUUGACCUGUUGCGCGAGCUGCAAACCCGCUACGGCUUGUCGUAUGUAUUCAUCAGCCACGAUUUGAAAGUGGUCCGCGCAUUGGCCAAUGAAGUAAUCGUGAUGAAAGAUGGACUACACCAGGGCGUUGGUCGCUGCGGCAUUCGAUAUGGAAGUGAUCACAUGAGGUGCUGGCCGGCGAUCCUGACACUGCUGGUUGCCGGCUUCGGUGCGUUGCCGGUGCUGGGCGAGCGCGAAGCCGCGGCUGGCUCGUGGCAACACGGCCUAUCCUUCUACGGCGACUUCAAGUAUCCCCCGGGUUUCACUCACUUCGACUACGUCAACGCGGAUGCGCCCAAGGGCGGCAGACUGGUUCGCGCGAUCGCAGAGAACUUCAACAGCUUUACCCCGUUCAUCGUCAAAGGCAUCCCGGCCCCCGGGCUCGACGUGAUCAUCGAGCCCACUUUGUACGAUUCGCUGCUGCGGCCUUCGGGUGACGAGAUCGGGGUGUACUAUGGCAAUCUUGCAGAAGCCAUCGCCGUUGCAGACGACAUGACCGAGGUGCGUAUGCGGUUGCGGUCGGAAGCGCGUUGGCACGAUGGUGUGCCGGUGUCCGCUCGGGACGUGAAAUUCACCUUCGAGCAUAUUCGCGACAAUGCGAAUCCGGGUGUGAAGGCGGCGUACUUGUCGGUCAAACAGGUCGACGUCAUCAAUGAGAAAGAGGUGCGGUUUCAGUAUCGCUUUCCGGUCAACCUGAACGCCAUGAUGGCCCUCGGUAAAGUUGCCAUAUUGCCUGAGCACUACUGGCGCGACCGCGACAUCACUCAGACCACCACUGAACCUCCGUUGACGAGCGGGCCCUAUCGGAUUGGCCGCUUCGAGAUGGGCCGCUUCAUCGAAUUCGAGCGCGUAACUGACUACUGGGGCAAGGAUCUGGGCCUGCAUCGCGGCAGCUUCAACAUUGAUGUGCUGCGCUACGAAGUCUACCGCGACGCCACCGUACAGCGCGAAGCGUUGCGCAAAGGCCUGUUAGACGUAUUCUACGAGCCGAGCGCUGCUCAGUGGGUGACCGGAUACGAAAGUCAGCCUUUGCUGGUGCGCGAGCACUACGACUAUCAGCAUUACGCCGGAGUUAUCUCAGCGCUUGCCUUCAACUUGACGAUGGAGCGUUUUCAGGACGUGCGGGUUCGAGAAGCGCUGUCGCUCGCCUUCGAUUUCGACUGGAUGAACCGCGUGUUCGAUUACGGGGUUUAUGAGCGACCACGAAGCUACUUCCACGGCACCUAUCUGGCGGCGACGGGAAUGCCCUCCGCUGACGAGUUGGCGCUGCUCGAACCGUUUCGCGACCAGUUGCCUGCCCGCGUGUUUACCCAUGCACCGUUCGAGCCGGCAGCAAACGAGAGCAGGCGCGAACGGCUUGUCCGCGCCCAGGCGCUGCUCGCUGAAGCGGGCUGGCGUCACCGCGACGGGGUACUCGAGAAUGACGAAGGCGUGCCCUUCAAGGUGGAGUUUCUCGUCACGGGACAAGGCGGUCAACGCACACGCUUGCCUUAUGUCGAUCAAUUGCGUCGGCUCGGUAUCGACGCUGCCGUCCGACUGGUCGAAAGUGCGCAAUACAUCAAUCUUCGCCGCGACAACAAAGGCGACGCGGUUGCGGGGAGCCUGGCUGUGAGCAUACCGCCGAAUCAGGAAGUUCCGGCCUAUCUCAGCUCGGCAAGUCGAGGGUCCGCGAAUUUUGCUCAUCUGGCUUCACCAGUCGUCGACGCGUUGAUCGGGCACGUGCUGGGUGCGCGCAGCCGGGACGACCUGAUGGCCGCGUCGCGUGCACUCGAUCGCGUGCUGUACUGGCAGUUCUACUUCGUUCCCUUGCGGCUGGUCGACGGCAUCAACAUGGUCAUAUGGGACAAAUACGGCAAACCAGCAGAGCAAUCACGUGAUCUCGGCGGUUUCCCCAGCACCUGGUGGUGGGAUCCGGCGAAGGCGGCGCGCGUCCGCCAAGCCCUGGGUGUCUCUGAGCAACUGGCAGCCGCAGGCUACCGGGUCAUCGAUACGGACAUGCGUGGUCACGGCCGCAGUGUGCCGCUGGGUAAGGGUGACGCGGGCUAUGACGUUGCAACCGUGGCAGACGAUUUCGCCCGCGUCGCGGAUCAUCUUGGCAUCGACAGAUUCCAUCUGUUAACCCACGCCACCGGUGGUAUGGCGGGGCUGCACUUUGCCUGCCAUCACAGUGAUCGUUUGCUCAGCCUCAUGAGUACUGAUUCGGGCUCCGCGACCAUCCCAUCGGAUGAGUAUGCAGAUGAGCAAUUUGAAAAUCGCCCUUUUGAACUGCGUAAGACGCCGUUUAAAAAUCCAAUGGCUGACAAUCGGGAAACCAUGCUGGUUUUAGAUACGCUGAAACGAGCACGCAACAGCAGCGGGGGUCCUUUCCUGAAUCGCCUGAAUGCAAAUCCUGAGCCUGACCGUUGUUGGGCGGAAACGGCUGACAUUCUCGCUACCAGCACGUCGUUUCAUGUUGCGGACUUCAUGCGCCGUUUUUACACCAAUCCCGAUCCGAAAAUUGCGCAGCUGCGCCAGAUUCGAUGCCCUGUACUGCUGCUGCUUGGCGAACACGACGUGAUGUUUGUUAAACCGAACGAACUGAUGGCCCGUGUGAUACCCAAUGCAAAACAUGUGGUUAUGCCGGGUCUUGGCAUCAACGAGCGUUACUUUGACACGCUUCCCCCAGAUGCGAUUGCGGAUGAACUGCGGCCAGAGAUGGAGCGACUGGGCCUGGUUGACAACUGCCGUCAACUCGCCACCCAAGGUUGGACGGUGAUCGAAGAAGCGGCUUCAGCUGAAUUCAACGCCGCUUUCCGCGACAAGAUAUUGCAGCUGAGUAAAGGCGCAGGCGCCAAUAUGCUGCUCGCCAGGGAUGCGCUGUUCGCCGAGGCAAUACUCAAUCCGAAGCUGCUGGCCAUGGCGGAAUUUUCUGUUGGCCGUGGUUUCCUGCUCAGCCAGGUCGCCGCGAGCGUGCGUGGUAAAGGUGCAGCCAGCAUCGGUUUGCAUGCAGACAAUAACUGGAUUCCAGCCCCGUUUCCGGCGCACAACAUGUUGCUCACCGCCUGUUGGGCGUGUGAUGAAUACACGCAGGAAGGCGGCGCGACGUUAAUCGUGCCAGGCAGCAAUACGCUGCGCCGGCAUCCGGAUGAGGAAGAGACACAAGCGUGUGCUGGUGCCGUACCCAUUGAAUGCCCUGCGGGUUCGGUGGCUAUGUGGGACGGCAACCUCUGGCAUUCGAACUAUCCUCGCGACAUUGAUGGCGAGCGGGUGGUGUGCCACAUCACCUAUACCCGCUUGAUGUGUCGCCAGGUAGAAGACUACGAACCCUGGGCUGAUGAGCUCAUCGAUGCUCACGGAGCUUUGUCGGAAGAUCAGAUCAACCGCGCUAAAUCCGCUAUCUUGCGUAGAGCGGAGAAGACUUCUGGCAAGAAAAUCGAUCCUGAUAAUGCCACCGCUGAAGACUUUCACGGCAUGAACUAUCUGCAUUACCUGAUCUUCGACGAUCCGGUGUUCCCGGAGAUCCUGCUGGAAGAGAAGCCGCAUGCACUGAUGCAAUACCUCCUUGGCGAAAGUUGUGUGCUUUCCUCUAUGGGCAGCCAUUUUCGUGGGCCGGGUGGCAUGCCGCUCCCUAUGCAUGCGGACGGAGUGUCCGUGGGUAUGACCGAGACAUCCCUGGUUGCAAACUGCAAUUACGCGCUGACGCCGUAUAACCAGGAAAACGGGGCGUUGGUUCUCGUGCCCAGCAGUCAUCGCAAAAAUCGGCAGCCGACCGCGCAUGAGAACUGGAUGGCCGGGCAUGAGACCGUGUUGGAGGUCAUGGCGAAAGAGCUACCACCGGAGGAAUUGGACGCGAUUGAAUGGACGCCGCCAGUCGGCGCGGUAACCAUGGAGAUUGAUCCGGGUGAUGCGGUGAUCUGGCACGGUAACACCUGGCAUGGCGGAUGGCGAAGGGAAGAGCGCCGCGGUGAUGAUCGUUAUCCGGAAGUCUUCGAACGCUUCGCCAAUGAACCGCGCUUUGCUCAACUGAUGGGAGAGAACAUCUACAACGGAGGCAGCGUGGAAUACGUACAGCUUGGCCGCUCGGGGUUGCGGGUGAGCCCCCUUGUGCUGGGUACAGUAAAUUUCUCCUGGCUGACAGACGAGGCGGACUCGUUUGCAAUCAUGGAUCAUGCAUUGCAGCUUGGUGUCAAUUUCUUUGAUACAUCGAAUAACUACAACGCAGGUCAGACGGAGGCUUUGCUGGGGCGUUGGUUUGCGCAGGGUGGCGGACGGCGUGACCAGGUUGUGCUUGCCACCAAAGUCUAUUCGCCGCCGAACGAAUGGGCAUCACCGGAUGAAGCCAAGCGUACGGGAAGCUGGGUGGGCCCUAACGAAAGGGGUCUGUCUGCCAAAAAUAUUCGAGCAGCCGUGGAUGCCAGCCUCAAACGUUUGCAGACCGACUACAUCGAUGUGUACCAGACACACCAUGUUGACCGCCUAGUGCCCUGGGAUGAGCUGUGGCAAGCCAUGGAUAUUCUGGUCCAGCAAGGCAAGAUCCUUUAUGUAGGCAGUUCAAAUUAUGCCGGUUGGCACAUUGCACAGGCACAGGCUGUCGCCCAGCAGCGCGGCAGUUUUGGUUUUGUCAGUGAACAGAGCGUUUACAACCUGAUGAACCGUCACAUUGAGCUCGAGGUCGCUCCCGCGUGUGAUGCUUUGGGAUUAGGUCUGUUGACCUAUAGUCCUCUGGCGGGAGGGGUUCUGGGAGGACGCCUCCCUGAAGGUGAAGCAGGUCGUCGUUCGUUUAUGCCAAAUACCGAAGCUGAUCGUCUGCAGCGGUAUCUGGCCUUGUGUGAGGAUAUUGGCGAGUCGCCGGGAGACGUUGCAUUGGCCUGGGUUGCCGCCCAGCCCCAUAUUACCGCACCUAUCAUCGGGCCGCGGACCAUGGAUCAGUUUUCAGGCAGCGUCAAAGCCAUUGACAUACAGCUGAGUACAAGUGUGUUGGAGCAGCUUGAUGAGCUGUUCCCAGGACCCGGCGGUCCGGCACCUGAAGCCUAUUCGUGGUAG